ACUGUUCAUCAUCGUGAGUUUGGGUUUGAGAGUCGGAGUGUUGGAAGACAAAAUCGGUGGUGUAUGCAUUAUCUUUAUCAUCUAUGCGCAUGAUCCAGAUUCGGUUUUGAUCGGAACUGCCAUGGAACGUAUCAUCGGCGGCAAGUACAAGCUCGGACGGAAGAUCGGCGGUGGUUUUUUCGGAGAGAUUUUCCUGGCUACGCACGUUGAUACGUUCGAGAUCGUUGCUGUUAAGAUCUUUUGUUUCGCAGGAGGAGAGUAAAACGAAGCAUCCCCAACUUCUCUAUGAAGCCAAGCUUUACAGAAUUCUUGAAGGAGGAAUUAUCGGGUUUAUGUAAUUGACUUUGAACUCGCCAAAAGAUAUCCUGAUGCCAACACCAACCGCCACAUCCCUUACAGUCUUCCAUGGCAGGGUCUUAAGGUUGUUGACAAGAAGCAAAAAUAUGACAGAAUUUGUGAGAAGAAUAUAGCAACUCCGAAUGAGGUCUAUCUCAUGCUCUUUUUUUUUUAAGAACCCUUAAUUAGAGCUCACCAUUGGAGGAGAAAAGAAUUUAGGGAUUCUAAACUUUAUAUUAACUAAAAAUUAUGAUUAAGAAAUUGAUAAGAACUUCUCAUUAGUACUUACCAUUGGAGAUGCUCUUAUAAUAUUUGGAUAAUGUGCAUCUGUUCCUGUUACAACUUACUGGUCUCAAGUUAAAAUAAAAAUAAAAAUUAUGAACACUUGCUGACACACACACAAAAGAAAAACAGUUUUGACUAAACGACAUGCGACAAAAAGAUAAGACUAAAUUAGACAAUGGGCCUAAACGUAUAUUUAUUAAUGGGCCUGAGUAAUUCGACCCAAACGUAGUAGAAGAUAGUCGGUGAGUAGAUUUAUCAUUUCUCAAUCCUAAAACCCUAAGCUUCGCCGGCUGCUCCGAUCGUGAUCCUUCCUAAACCCUAACAUCGUCGGUGAUACAGAGCUGAGCGAAGCACUAAAGAAAUGAGUUUCAACAAAGUGCCCAACGUCCCUGGAUCUCCUGCUCUCUCCGCACUGCUUAAGGUCAGCGUUAUUGGUGGGCUUGGUGUAUAUGCCAUUACUAAUAGCCUCUACAAUGUCGAUGGUGGACAUCGUGCUGUCAUGUUCAACCGAUUAACUGGUAUCAAGGAAAAGGUCUACCCAGAAGGCACACAUUUUAUGUUGCCAUGGUUUGAAAGGCCAAUAAUCUAUGACGUCCGUGCACGACCUUACCUAGUGGAGAGCACCACCGGUAGUCAUGACCUUCAGAUGGUGAAAAUUGGACUCAGGGUUCUUACACGUCCCAUGGGUGACCGUUUGCCUCAGAUUUACCGAACCCUCGGCGAGAAUUACAGUGAAAGGGUUCUUCCUUCCAUCAUCCAUGAAACCCUAAAAGCAGUGGUAGCUCAGUACAAUGCAAGCCAGCUCAUUACACAGAGAGAAGCAGUGAGCAGAGAGAUACGCAAGAUUCUGACAGAGCGAGCUUCUAACUUCGACAUUGCUCUUGAUGAUGUCUCCAUCACGACUCUCACAUUUGGCAAAGAGUUCACUGCAGCAAUUGAGGCAAAACAAGUCGCUGCUCAGGAAGCUGAACGGGCUAAGUUCAUUGUGGAGAAAGCCGAGCAAGACAAGAGAAGCGCUGUUAUCCGCGCGCAGGGAGAAGCUAAAAGUGCUCAACUUAUCGGACAAGCUAUUGCAAAUAACCAGGCAUUUAUCACUCUGAGAAAGAUUGAAGCUGCGAGGGAGAUUGCUCAGACCAUUGCACAAUCUGCUAACAAGGUGUACCUGAGCUCCAAUGAUCUGUUGCUUAACCUCCAAGAAAUGAACUUGGAGCUUAACCCUAAGAAGUAGAAGAAGCAAGUUCCAUUCGUUUCUCUUCUAAAAAUCUUCCUCGUGAAGUUGAGAAGAACAUUUACGGUGUUUUGACCAAAUGACCAUUUUGCCGCGUUAUUGUUCUAGGUCCUAGAAUUACUAUAAAUAAAGUGGACACAAUUAGACUCGGAUUGGCUUUGGUCAGUAGUUCGUCAUGUUCAAUGGAACUGAUUGUUGAUAUUUUCUUGUUUUCCCGGAAAAUUGAUGAAACUGAAUUACAAACUAAUAACAAUCAUAUU